AAAAGAUCAUGGCAAAGUUGGAGGAGGACACUCAACCCCCUCGUUCUUCAUUGGCCUCCCUAUCCGAAAAAGAAGAAACCGAGUCCUUCACUUUUCCCUCUUCGGUAUUUGAGCAUCCAUCGGUUGGCCAACCUCGUUCAUCUAGUCUUGGAGCUUCAUUUCAUUCCGAGGUUGGGCCGAUCGAUCGUCACCAAGAAGUUUUGGCAAGUACUCAAGACGCACUCGCGAGCCUCGCGUCGAUCAUCGAGGAGUUUCAUAGUUGGAGGUGCAUCCCGAUUCCAUCCAUUCUCCGUGCUACACUUGAGAAGUUUGACUCCACCGUGGUGUCUUUUCUCGACUUGGAUUCAUCUUCUAUCCCGCUCGGUAGAUAUUCUACUCUAUCGGCAAUGCUUAUUCGAGAGAGCACUCGAUUAGAGAGCGAAUUUCGAGUUAUGGUGGAUCGUUUUGCUUCCUUGAAAGAGAAGGGUCUCACUCCCGUGUACGAUGGAACUCAACCUUUAGACACGAGUGAGGACAUCGAUGAGCUUAUUGUUAAAGAACUUCCUCCUUGUGAUGGCGUGGAUUUGCAUUCUACACUAGGUACGUCAAAAUCUUCUUCCGUUGAUGGUGCUUUGGGUUUUGAUUCGAUUGUUGAGGAGAGUAUGGAUUCGAAAGUUGAUGUUGAGGAUGGAUUGGGAGAUAAUUCAAUUGAGGAUUUGAGUGAGCCGAGGGGUAAUGAAGGUGUUGGUGAUGAUGAGGAGGAGAAUGAUAGUGGUAGUGAGGAGGAAUCCGAGCAUUUAGAUGAUGUUGUUAAGCCGGAUGUGCCGUGUGUGGAUGAGAUGCCUUGGGAUGUUGAGAAUAAGGUGGUGCCCAUGACCUUUGGGGCGUCAUUUCGUGUUAUCGAGGAUUGUGACAAAGAGGAGGAGUUCACACCCGUGCUCCCGAUGAUUGAG